CAAGCAGUCCUCUUUCUCAGUCUCCCAAAGGAUAACUUUUAAAAAAUAAGCAAAGGUGAGCUUUAAGUUAGGGAGAAUUAGAAGUUGUUUUUCAGUAAAUUAUUAAUAAGGAAAGAUUUUCAAGAGCUAAUUUAAGUAGACAUUAAGCUGCUUUAACUAGGCAUACCAGGACAGAAGUAGAAAAAGUGAAAUGGAUGGAUGAGACUGUAGGUUACUGCACAAUUACAUUUGCCCAGGGACCCCUAACCAUGAACAGCAGCAUAGUGCAUAAUGCUUUUCUUUGGGCAAUUUACCUAACAAGUUUCCUCAUCUGGGUUAUUAGAAUAUAGAAUCAACCUCAUAAGGUCAUUAUAAAGAUUGGAUUAAUGUACUUAAAGCUCUUGGAACAAUGUCUGAUGCAAUGUAAAGCUAGAUAUGUUUGUGUUAAAAUCAUAAGAUGCUAGUGUUAAGAUAACUAGAAGCCACUUUGAUGAAGGAGUUUUCUUUUUUUUAAGGGGCAAACAAGGGGCAAACCUGUUUACAUUCAUGGAUGCUCAUAGUUAUGAUGUGCUAGUCAAGAUACACUAGUCUAGUGUACCAGUGCCUGGACAUCUGUUGGAAGUUCUGAGACCUUCUGGUAUACUCACAUUGGAACCAUUUUACUGCUAAUGGGCAUCUCAACCAAAGAGAAUUGUUCAAGAAAGAAAUAAGAACUCAAAACAGUGGUUUUUCAACUGUUUCCCAAGUAAUUUUAAGAUCCAAUAAAGCAUCUCUGGUUGUCUGUUAAAAACAUAGUUACUGUCUCAUUCAUUCACUGCAAGUGUCCAUGAUGAAAUAGGGGUAAUGGUCAGAGACAGAGAUGAAAACAGUUCCUUGGCCUGGAACUUACAGUCUGGGCCACUUUUGUACCUCUAGAAUCCAUACCAGGAAAACCUGAAUGGAAGAAUGUCAGAAACUAGGACAUCCUUGAAGUUAUAAAGCCACACAGCUGUUAAUAUUAUUUCUGCCAAGCUAUCUCAAACUUAGCUGAGAGAGAGAAAUGGAAACUCUUUGGCUGAAAGAGCAUGAAAAUUACAGAUUUUGUUCUGAUCUGUUAUCAGAGACCAUUGAGUUUGCUUUAUUUCUAUGUUCUAGUUUCUACUAGGAAUUUUAAUAGUUUCAAAUUUCUGGUUUGUAUUUCAGUAACCUCUUUUUACCCUUCUUGUCUCACUGGUUUUUCUGUGUAUGUGUAGUUCUGGUGAAAAUGAAUUAGGAAAGGAGACUGAUGAGAUUGGAUAACUCAGCAUCCUAAAAUGUUUUCUCAUGAAGUGAUGAUGUGCUGCUUCUUUCAUAGGACUGAAAUGCAACUCCAAAAGCAACAUGCGACCCUUUAAAGAUGCUUGUGGGACUGCAUAAAGUGAAGAGGGAAACUGGAGAAAACAAUGAAGUAAGGAAAAACAUUUAUCACCAUCCAGCCACUGUAGAUACAUUUGAGUGGCAGUGUCUCUGCCAUCCCUUCAUACCCAGUACCUUCCCUGCCUGAACUCCUCAUUGAGGGCAAGACCUUUAUCCCCAGGAUCUAAACCAGUGCUGGACAAUAGAUGCUCAAUUGAAUAGGGAAAACCUGCUUUCUGCAAACAACUGAAAAAACUGCACUUAGAAACUGUUUCUUUGGCUCUCACUGGGAAGCUGGAACUUGUAUUGUGAGGCCCCUGAUGGGACAAGCUCUGAACUGCUGAUCACCCAGUGAUUGUCACCAUGGCCAGCAAGAGGAAAUCCACCACACCAUGCAUGAUCCCAGUGAAGACAGUGGUGCUGCAGGAUGCCAGCAUAGAGGCCCAGCCCACUGAGACCUUGCCUGAAGGACCCCAGCAGGAUCUACCCCCAGAAGCACCUGCUGCCAACAGUGAGGCAGCCCAGAACCCCAGCAGUACUGAUGGCUCUGCACUAGCCAAUGGGCAUCGGAGCACUUUAGAUGGCUAUUUAUAUUCCUGUAAAUACUGCAGUUUCAGAUCCCAUGACAUGAGCCAAUUUGUGGGACAUAUGAACUCAGAGCACACAGACUUUAAUAAAGACCCAACUUUUGUAUGCAGUGGGUGCAGUUUUCUGGCAAAAACCCCUGAGGGGCUUUCGUUGCACAAUGCUACGUGUCACUCAGGGGAAGCCAGCUUUGUGUGGAAUGUGGCCAAGCCAGACAAUCAUGUGGUUGUGGAGCAGAGCGUCCCUGAGAGCACCAGCACUCCUGACCUAGCAGGUGAACCCAGUGCUGAAGGGACUGAUGGACAGGCAGAAAUCAUCAUUACCAAAACUCCAAUCAUGAAGAUAAUGAAAGGCAAAGCUGAAGCCAAAAAAAUUCAUACUCUCAAGGAGAAUGUCCCUAGCCAGCCUGUGGGUGAGGCCUUACCGAAGCUGUCGACUGGAGAAAUGGAGGUGAGAGAGGGGGACCAGUCUUUCAUCAAUGGGGCAGUUCCAGUCAGCCAGGCAUCUGCCAGCUCUGCAAAAAACCCCCAUGCCACCAACGGGCCCCUGAUAGGAACAGUGCCAGUUUUGCCAGCUGGCAUAGCACAGUUCCUCUCUCUCCAGCAGCAGCCCCCAGUGCAUGCCCAACACCAUGCCCAACAGUCACUACCCACGGCCAAGGCCCUUCCCAAAGUGAUGAUCCCCCUGAGCAGCAUUCCAACGUACAACGCAGCCAUGGACUCAAACAGCUUCCUGAAGAACUCCUUCCACAAGUUCCCCUACCCAACCAAAGCUGAGCUCUGCUAUUUGACUGUGGUGACCAAGUAUCCAGAAGAACAGCUCAAGAUCUGGUUCACAGCCCAAAGGCUAAAGCAGGGGAUCAGCUGGUCCCCUGAGGAGAUUGAGGAUGCCCGGAAAAAGAUGUUCAAUACAGUCAUCCAGUCUGUGCCUCAGCCCACAAUUACGGUUUUAAAUACCCCACUGGUCGCCAGUGCUGGCAAUGUCCAGCAUCUCAUCCAGGCUGCUCUCCCAGGUCACGUUGUAGGGCAGCCAGAGGGCACAGGAGGGGGACUUCUGGUCACUCAGCCAUUGAUGGCCAAUGGGGUGCAAGCAACAAGUUCCUCUCUCCCCCUCACAGUGACAUCUGUCCCCAAGCAGCCAGGUGUGGCACCCAUUAACACUGUGUGUUCAAAUACAACAUCAGCUGUGAAGGUGGUCAAUGCAGCCCAGUCGCUCCUCACAGCCUGCCCCAGCAUAACCUCCCAAGCCUUCCUUGAUGCUAGCAUCUACAAAAAUAAGAAAUCUCACGAACAGCUGUCAGCUCUGAAAGGGAGCUUCUGUCGGAACCAGUUCCCAGGGCAGAGCGAAGUUGAGCAUCUCACCAAAGUGACCGGCCUCAGUACCAGAGAGGUGCGGAAAUGGUUCAGUGAUCGUAGAUACCACUGCCGGAACUUGAAGGGCUCCAGAGCGAUGAUGCCUGGGGAUCACAGCUCCAUCAUCGUUGACUCUGUGCCAGAGGUGUCUUUCUCCCCACUGUCCAAGGUCCCUGAGGUCACCUGCAUCCCAACAACAGCCACAGCAGCAACCCACCCUUCUGCCAAACGACAAUCUUGGCACCAGACUCCUGACUUCACACCAACCAAAUACAAGGAGAGAGCCCCUGAGCAACUCAGAGCCCUGGAGAGCAGUUUUGCACAAAACCCUCUUCCUCUUGAUGAGGAACUAGACCGCCUGAGAAGUGAAACUAAAAUGACCCGAAGAGAAAUUGAUAGCUGGUUUUCAGAGAGACGGAAAAAAGUGAAUGCUGAGGAGACCAAGAAGGCUGAGGAGAAUGCCUCUCAGGAGGAAGAGGAGGCUGCUGAGGAUGAGGGUGGAGAAGAGGAUUUGGCCAGUGAGCUAAGGGUCUCUGGUGAAAAUGGCUCUCUGGAAAUGCCCAGCAGCCAUAUCUUGGGAGAGCGCAAAGUCAGCCCCAUUAAAAUCAAUCUGAAGAACCUGCGGGUCACUGAAGCCAAUGGCAGGAAUGAGAUUCCAGGGCUGGGUGCCUGUGACCCGGAAGAUGAUGGGUCAGACAAACUGGCAGAGCAGCUCCCAGGCAAAGUGAGCUGCAAAAAGACUGCGCAGCAGCGGCACUUGCUACGGCAGCUCUUUGUCCAGACACAGUGGCCGAGCAACCAAGACUAUGACUCCAUAAUGGCCCAGACGGGUCUGCCCCGGCCAGAGGUGGUGCGCUGGUUUGGAGACAGCAGGUACGCACUGAAGAAUGGCCAACUCAAGUGGUACGAGGACUAUAAGCGAGGCAACUUCCCACCAGGGCUACUGGUCAUUGCCCCUGGCAACCGGGAGCUUCUGCAGGACUAUUUCAUGACACACAAGAUGCUGUACGAAGAGGACCUGCAGAACCUGUGUGACAAGACCCAGAUGAGCUCCCAGCAGGUCAAGCAGUGGUUUGCUGAGAAAAUGGGGGAGGAGACCCGAGCCAUGGCAGACACAGGCGUUGAGGACCAGGGCCUUGGUACUGGUGAGCUCACAGCAGUUCACAAAGGGAUGGGUGACACCUAUUCAGAGGUGUCUGAAAACAGUGAAUCGUGGGAGCCCAGUGUCCCUGAGGCCAGCUCAGAGCCCUUUGACACAUCGAGUCCCCAGGCUGGACAUCAGCUCGAAACAGACUGAAUUUGAUCUGAUUAAUGUGAAGGACUGGCCAGUCUGGGAUACCGCCUGCCACGUGGAAGAGCCAAACCCAACCCUCUGCUGCCACAUGCCGUUCCCAUGCCCGGCUGCUGGGCACCUGAGAAAGCUUCCGGAGUCCUCGCAGACAGUCCAGAGCCUGCCGCUAUCCUUGGCCUGCUCACCACCAAGCAAGCAGCAAGAAAGACAGGGUUCUCAUCAGUUCUUCCUCCCACAAUGUAGGACCUUUCCUUUACCUUCCAAUGGAUAAAAUAGUUCAGAUUUCAUAUUCAUAUUCAUAGACACAGAAUCAAGUUUUUAACGUAUACAUCCGCCUAUAUAUGUUGAAUAAAAUAUCAGAUUAUCAACACUGUCA